AUGAGAACAGGAGGUUGCACAAUACAACAAGCUCUAACAACAGAAGCAGCAAAUGUUGUUAAACAAGCUGUUACACUAGCAAAACGUCGCGGCCAUGCACAAGUAACACCUCUUCAUGUAGCAAACACCAUGCUUUCAUCAUCAAAUGGUAUAUUCAAAACAGCUUGUCUUCAAUCUCAUUCUCAUCCUCUCCAAUGUAAAGCCCUAGAGCUUUGCUUCAACGUAGCACUCAAUCGUCUCCCAGCAUCCUCUUCUAGUCCCAUGUUAUUAGGCCAUCAACAUCAACAUCAUCAUCAUUCUCAAUAUCCUUCUAUUUCUAACGCGCUUGUUGCUGCUUUCAAGCGAGCCCAAGCUCAUCAAAGGCGGGGCUCACUUGAAAAUCAGCAACAACCACUUCUAGCUGUGAAGAUAGAGCUUGAACAACUCAUCAUAUCUAUAUUAGAUGAUCCAAGUGUUAGUAGAGUCAUGAGGGAAGCUGGUUUUGAUAGUACUCAAGUUAAAACAAAUGUUGAACAAGUUGUUUCUUUAGAACUUUGUUCUCAAAACCCUAAAGAAAUAACUAACCAUAACAAAAAAGUUAAUCCCAAUAGUCCUAUUUGUGUUAAAGAUGAGGAUGUGAUGAGUGUAGUGGAAAGUUUAAUGAAUAAAAAUAGGAAAAAUAUUGUUUUGGUUAGUGAAAGUAUUGAUAAUUUAGAAGGUGUGAUUAAGGGGGUGAUGAAUAAAGUUGAGAUUAAAGAUGUGCAUGAUGAUUUGAAGGAAAUUAAGUUUAUAAGUUUACAACUUUUGAGUUUUGGUAAUAUUCAAAGAGAAGAAGUUGACCAAAGAUUAGGAGAGUUGACUUGUCUAAUUAAGAGUUUAGUGAAAAAAGGAGUUGUUUUGUACUUAGGUGAUCUUAAAUGGGUGGCUGAUUAUAGAGCUAAUUAUGGAGAAAAAAGAAUUAUUAGCUAUUAUUGUUCAGUGGAACACAUGAUUAUGGAAAUUGGAAGAUUGGUUUAUAGUUUUAGUGAAAAUGAGAAAUUUUGGCUUGUGGGAAUUGCAACAUUUCAAAGUUAUAUGAGAUGCAAAAGUGGUAACAAUUCAUUGGAAUCUAUUUGGGGUUUGCAUCCUGUUACUGUUCCUGGUGGAAGUUUGGGCCUCAGUCUCAAUCCUGACAGUGAUACACAAAUUGAAGUUAGAAGUAAGACAUUUGAAGGUGAAUUCUCAUGUAGAGAGGAGAAGCUGCAAUUGACUAGCUGUUGUAAUAGUGACUCUACAUUGUCAAAUCUACCUUCAUGGCUUAAAGAUGAGAGGCACAAAAAGUACAAUACUACUUCUAACCAUCAUCAUCAUGAUCAGGACUAUGCAUCAGUCAAAGAUCUACACAAGAAGGGGAACACAACAUGCAAUUUGCCAUUUUGGGCCAAUAGAAAAACAUGUGAGACAAAUUCUAGUACACCUAAUUCUGCUUCUAAUUCAAGUGAUGUGAUCAUGGAGAUGGAGUACAAUGUUCCAAAGUUUAAAGAAUUCAAUUCUGAAAACUUGAACAUUUUGUCCAAUGCAUUAGAAGAAAUUGUCCCAUGGCAAAAAGGAAGUGUUAUACAAGAAAUUGUUGCAACAAUAUUGCAAUGUAGGUCCAAAAUGAUAAGAAGAAAAGAAAAAAAUUUAACCAAUGAAGCAAAACAAGAAACUUGGUUAUUUUUUCAAGGCCCUGAUGUUCAUGCCAAGGAGAAAAUUGCUAGAGAAUUAGCCAAUGUUGUGUUUGGAUCAUACUCGAAUUUCGUAUCGAUUGGACUAAGCAAUUUUUGUUCUAAUUUUAGUAACAAAAGAUCAAGAGAUGAACAAAGUUGGAGUUACAUUGAUAAAUUUGGUCAAGGGGUUGCUUGUAAUUCACAUUGUGUGUUUUACUUGGAUGAUUUGGAGGAAAUUGAUUAUUGUUCACUAAGGGGAAUCAAGAAGGCUAUUGAAAGAGGAACAAUUACUAAUUCUUCAAGUGGUGAAGAAGUUAGUCUUGAUGAUGCUAUUAUUAUUUUGAGUUGUGACAAUUUUGGUUCUAAGUCAUCAAGAGGUUGUUCACCUAAUGUGAAGCAAAAAAUUGAAGAAAAAAUUAGCACAAGUUCUAGUUGUGUUUCUUUGGAUUUGAAUCUCUCUAUUGAUGAUCAAGAUUUAUCAAGUGAUGAUGCUAUUGGACUUCUUCAAAGUGUUGAUAGAUGUAUUUUUUUCCAAAAUUCAAGAACUAUGGUAGUAUAG